AAGAAAAAAGGAAAAAGAGAGACAGAAAAAGGAAAGAGAGAAAGAGACAGAAAAAAGAAGAAAACUCAGAAACUCAUCGUGGUUCUUGACUGUUUUUUAUAUAUUAUUGUUGUUAUUGUUGUUGUUGUUAUUAUUAUUAUUUACCCAUAUUGGAGAAUAGGAGAAGCCUAUAAGUGGGUUGCAAAAAAAAAAAAAAAGAAAGGAAUCUUCUUCACUCUAAAUCACUUUCUUUGCUGGACUGGGAUAUUAAAUAUACGACACAUCCAGGAGUUUAUUGGAGCGCAGACUGAUGGCGCAAAGGGACAAGGGGAAUUGCUACUAAAUAAUGUUUCUGUACGAUGAGCUGCCCCACUACGGCGGGAUGGACGGAGUAGGGGUGCCGGCGUCCAUGUACGGGGACCCCCACGCCCCCCGGCCGAUUCCCCCGGUGCACCACCUCAACCAUGGGCCGCCGCUCCACGCCGGACAGCACUACGGCGCCCACGCCCCGCACCCCAAUGUCAUGCCGGCCAGCAUGGGCUCCGCUGUCAACGACGCCCUGAAGCGGGACAAGGAUGCGAUCUACGGGCACCCGUUGUUCCCCCUCUUAGCUCUGGUCUUUGAGAAGUGCGAGUUGGCGACCUGCACGCCCCGGGAGCCCGGCGUGGCCGGCGGGGACGUCUGCUCCUCCGACUCCUUCAACGAGGACAUCGCCGUCUUCGCCAAACAGGUCCGCGCCGAAAAACCACUUUUUUCUUCAAAUCCAGAGCUGGACAAUUUGAUGAUCCAAGCAAUACAAGUACUAAGGUUUCAUCUUUUGGAAUUAGAAAAGGUUCAUGAAUUGUGUGAUAACUUCUGCCAUCGGUACAUUAGUUGUUUGAAAGGAAAAAUGCCAAUAGACCUCGUUAUUGAUGAAAGGGAUGGCAGUUCCAAAUCAGACCACGAAGAACUCUCAGGAUCUUCCACAAAUUUAGCCGAUCAUAAUCCUUCAUCUUGGAGAGACCAUGAUGAUGCAACCUCAACGCACUCAGCAGGCACACCAGGGCCCUCCAGCGGGGGCCACGCUUCCCAGAGUGGAGACAACAGCAGCGAGCAAGGAGAUGGUUUAGACAACAGUGUAGCCUCACCUGGUACAGGAGAUGAUGAUGAUCCAGACAAGGACAAAAAGCGUCAGAAGAAAAGAGGCAUUUUCCCCAAAGUAGCAACAAAUAUCAUGAGAGCGUGGCUUUUCCAACAUCUCACACAUCCAUAUCCUUCAGAGGAGCAGAAGAAACAGUUAGCCCAAGACACGGGACUUACAAUUCUACAAGUAAACAACUGGUUUAUUAAUGCCAGAAGAAGAAUAGUACAGCCUAUGAUUGACCAGUCAAAUCGAGCAGGUUUUCUUCUUGAUCCUUCAGUGAGCCAAGGAGCAGCAUAUAGUCCAGAGGGUCAGCCGAUGGGAAGCUUUGUAUUGGAUGGUCAGCAGCACAUGGGAAUCCGGCCUGCAGGACCUAUGAGUGGAAUGGGCAUGAAUAUGGGCAUGGAUGGGCAAUGGCACUACAUGUAACCUUCAUCUUGUAAACCAGUCGCAAAGCAAGGGGGAAGUUUGCAAGGCAUGCCAGGGGACUACGUAUCUCAGGGUGGUCCUAUGGGUAUGAGUAUGGCACAGCCAAGUUACACUCCUCCCCAGAUGACCCCACACCCUACUCAAUUAAGACAUGGACCCCCAAUCCAUUCAUAUUUGCCAAGUCACCCCCACCACCCAGCCAUGAUGAUGCACGGAGGACCCCCUACCCACCCUGGAAUGACCAUGUCAGCACAGAGCCCCACAAUGUUAAAUUCUGUAGACCCCAGUGUUGGUGGACAGGUUAUGGACAUUCAUGCCCAAUAGUAUAAAGGAACUCAAGGGAAAAAUAAAACAAAGACAAACAGAAACUAUUUUAAGACUUUUGAACUUUGACCAGAUGUUGACACUUAAUACGAAAUUCCAGACAGCUGUGAUUAUUUUUUACUUUUUGUCAUUUUUCAUCAACAACAGAGGACCAACGAAACAAGAACACAAAUGUGAAAUCAUGGGCUCACUGAAAUGAAUAUGUCCAUGUACAGAUCCUCUGGAAAAAAAAAGACUCCAAGAGUUAUAACUACUGUAGUAUAAACAUAGGAACUAAGUUAACUUGUACAUUUCUGUUGAUCACUCCGUUAUGUUGCCUCAAAUAGUUUUAGAAGAAAAAAAAUCCUUGUUUUCCACACUAUGUGUGUUGUUCCCAAAAGAAUGACUGUUUUGGUUCAGCAGUGAAGUCACUAUACAUGAAAGACCUGUUUUGGCCAGUGAGAAAAGAACUACCCUGGAGAUGAAGACAAAAAGUCUUGCUGGGUCUCUCAUCACUCAGAAGACUGUUCCAAGAAGGCCUUGCCAUUCCCUCAUUUCAUUCCUUCAUAAAAUGUGUCCUUUAGUUUCAAACAGAUCUUUAUAGUUUGUGCUUCAUUAAGUCUCUCCCCAUUCCUUCCCAAUCUAUUUUUUUUUUUGGACUCUUCUUCAAAGAGCUUGCAGGUGAAGAUUUAAAAGACAGAACAGACAGAGCAGAAGCUUCUUCCAGUAGUUCUGAGCCUUGGCUUUGGACAAAACAAAACUAGAAGUUGGGCAGCUUUCCUAAAUGAAAGAAGUUACUAAUGGUCUUUGCACCAAACCUAGGACUUUAUCAUGAACUCAAAGCUUGGGAAAAAAAGAAAAAAGCAAGAGAAUACUGUAACAAACUUCGUACAGAGUUCGGUCUAUUAAUUGUUUCAUGUUAGAUAUUCUAUGUGUUUACCUCAAUUGAAAAAAAAAGAAUGUUUUUGCUAGUAUCAGAUCUGCUGUGGAAUUGGUAUUGUAUGUCCAUGAAUUCUUCCUUUCUCAGCACGUGUUCCUCACUAGAAGAAAAUGCUGUUACCUUUAAGCUUUGUCAAAAUUUACAUUAAAAUACUUGUAUGAGGACUGUGACGUUAUGUUUCAAAAAGAAAAAAAAAGGUGUUAAGUCACAAAAUGCGGUAAUAAAUAUUUCAUUUUUGAUUUUU